AUGUCUCCUGACGAGCUGGUGUACUUGGGAAUACUUGCUGCCUCCGUCCCUGUUGGAUUCCUCUUCCGAUACCUCAGUCCUCCUGUGAAGCAGGGGGCGGCUCUUCUUCUGGGCCUCUCUAUCGCCAUCGGCACUUGUCACGUCCACACCCUCCAUUCUCUUGUGACGGUGGUUGGAAUAUGGAUUAUUAUAAAGAUCAGCUGGCGGCAUGCCCCAGCAUUGAGUCUCACCUGGACCUUUCUCUACCUCCUCUUCUUCCGUCUGGUCACAUGGUUCGGUCUGCCAUCGCCGACACCUUUUGCCAACGCCAUCCAGCUACUUCUCACUCUCAAGAUGGUGAGUCUAGCGAACGAGGUUCACAGCUUCCGCGUGGAGAAGAAAAAUGAAGUGAGCUCUUUUGCCAAGUCUCCCAUCAUUGGUGGUCUGUCUCAGGAGCCCUCCCUCUACGACAUUCUGUCCUAUAGCUACUGUUAUGCUGGUAUAAUGACCGGUCCGUUCUUUCGCUUCCAAACAUACGCUGACUGGCUGAGGCAGCCGAGCCCACAGGCUCUGCCCGGCUGGGUGCCGUGCCUGCAGCGUUUAAAGAUGGUUCCUGUGUACGCCGCUUUGUUCAUGGCUGUCAACUAUGUCUUCCCACUGGCCUACGUUCGCACAGAGGAGUUUCUGGACCAAAACAUUUUCUUUAGGGUCUUCUACAUGGUAGCAGUGUUCUUCGUGUUUAGGAUGCGUUUCUAUGCAGCGUGGUGUGGAGCUGAGGCUGGUUGUAUCAGCGCAGGUCUGGGCUGCUAUCCCGAAAAGGCUUUGUCCAAACCUGGAGGAGGGCCCACCGUCAACUACAGUCCUGAUCCAACCACUGAAGAGAAUUAUGACUUCAAAACCAUCCAGAACAUCGACUGCUACAACACAGACUUCUGUGUGAAGGUCCGCCAUGGCAUGCGUUACUGGAACAUGACAGUGCAGUGGUGGCUGCAUCACUACAUCUACCCGAAUGCCCCCUUUAAAGCCUACGCUCUCAGGGCUGGCUGGACCAUGUUCAUCAGCGCCUACUGGCAUGGACUACAUGCCGGUUACUACCUCUCCUUCCUCACCAUCCCCCUGUGCAUUGCAGCCGAGUCUGCCAUGGAGGCCUCUGUCCGAGCUAAACUGGGUCCUUUUGGUCAGAACAUCUUCGACUGGAUCCACUGGUUCUUGAAGAUGAGGGCCUACGACUACAUGUGCAUGGGCUUCGUGCUGCUGAAGGCCUCUGACACCAUCAACUACUGGACCUCCAUCUACUUUAUCAUGCACAUCAUCGCCGUUUGCUGCAUCAUAGUUGGCACAGUUCUAAAGGGAGGGAAACGGGAAGGAAGGAGAGGAGACAAGGAGGAGAAAAGAGAGGGAGAGAAGAUAGAAAACUUGAAAACUGGGGAAAAAGCUGACUGAAAGGAGGAACAGAAAAGAACGGGGGGGGGGGUACUUUUUUGGGACAUGAGGAGGAGUCACUUUAAGACUAGAAUUUAUAAACAUAAUUCGUACCAACUAUCUUCCCCGAAACAAACGUCACACAGGUCCAAUAAGAUUCAUUCUGGGGAAAUGUGAAAGUUAUUAACAAUGUGAGAUAAAUCAGACAAAAGUGCGACAAGAAAAAUCUGGUAAAAGACAUUCUAUAUGUGUACAUGUACACAAUAGUACUGUGAAUACUGGGAGAGGAAUCUUUGAGCUUAAUGAAUGUUACUUUUAUAGUGUGAGUGGCAACUGGGGUGUAGUUAUUAGUUAAACAGCAUUUACUGCUUUUAUUUCACAAUACUUUCCCCCGUUUGAAGUCUUUAAGUAAACUAUAUUACCGGUUGUUGAAAUGUCAAGAUGCUGCUUUAACAACCAGCAGUAUGUUUAAGUCAAACAAUAAUUUACCAAAUCCUCAUAAUGGUCUUAAAGAUAUUUAAACGGGAAUGUGAUUCAAUUGAGUUUCCAUGACCAACCAAACGUUCCAGCCGCGUUCAGUAUUAUGUUAUAGUACGUUUAUACUGGAGUACAGAAUGGAUGGAUUGUGAUAAAAAAAAAAAAAACAUCAUAAUGGUGUCAUCAUCAGUACUCGGAUGUUAUUUUUGUGUGUUUUCAAAUUCCUUAAUCUUACGUCUCAAAAUAUUUCUGCUGCCAUUUGGCGUCUUAAAUCAGAUCUUUGACUGUUUUUGACCACAGUACAUUUAUUAGAAUUAUGUUUUUGUGAUUGUUAACUGCUGAGAAAGUACAAUGUAAAGCUCACUGUGCACGGUCCAGACUACAUUUGCAUUGCUGUCUAAUUACAUUAGGACUUCUUUAAGUGUUUGGUUUUGGUUUCCAGCAUAAUUAAUGUUCCUCAUUUUAUUUGCUGAACAUUUCAGUGCUUUGGUUCACUCCCUCGAUCCAGUGAAUCCAAAAUGUCUUUGUUUGUUUAUGUUCUGCACUGACAGCUCUAUAGCACUGUUGUACACGAGUGUGCCAUGUGUAAGAUAGCAACAGUCCGUUCACUGCCAAAAUGUCUGUACUGCCAUCAUGGACCAUUCGGGAUUGGGACCAAACAUUUGAUACAAAACAUCGCAAGUUUCACGUAACUAUAAGCUGCCAAUCGAAACGCUCAUGAAAAACAGCACAGCUAGGGCCGGGCAAUGUGGUUGAAGUCACUGUCACAAUGUUGAUAUAUGUCAUAAUAUCAAAAAACAAGUAUGCAUUAAUGCAAUAAUCAAACUGAUGUUCAAUAAACGCUCCCUAUGUUAAGCA